AUGAGUAAAGGCUACAUUAAAGCCCUGUUUAUUUCUUUAAGCUUCCUCGUAUAUGCCAGCAAUAGCACACUUGCGAGCGAGCGUGCUGCAAAUAUUGCUAAUAAUAUCAACAACUUUCACCCAAAAAAUGAUAUACGUGAGAAAUACAGACGCAUGUUAUGUAAUGACCCUGAUGAAACUGAAAUUGCAAUAAAACACGCAAACGAAGCCGUAACACUUUUACUAAAACUUUAUGAGAGUAGUGUAGAUGAUUACUCCCUCUAUUUUACACAAAAUGAAAACAUAACUAUAUAUUCUAAGAAACAUGGAAAUGUAGAUAUUAGAAAAUUUCAUGCUACGAUUCCAUCUGCAUUUAAGUACUCUAACGUAAUAAAGAAGCUGUGGGACUUCGAUAAUACCCAAAAAUUGGAUGACAAGUUUAUUAAUGGAAAUGUUGUUCGUGUAUACAUCCAAAAUUUAAUCAUAAUGGAACAAAGUACCAUAGCUCAUACUCAUUCAUCCCCCCAAAAAAAAUAUGCUAUAGCUGCAAAAGUUAAAGUAUCAAAUGACACAACUGUAAUUCUUUGUCCUUCAAGAACUCUAAAUCAUCUCUGUCUUGCCGAUGAAAAACCUAAUAUGAAAGAAAUCUUAGAAAAUACACGAUCAAUCGAAGAUGACAUUGAUGCUGAGGAAGCAUUAAGCAAAUUGGGUGCUAACAUAGCCGGAUUUGUAGUUAAAAGAGGCGGCGAUAAUCAAGUUCAUGUUACUUAUAUCAACGCUAUUUAUGAUGAUGGGCAUUCUCCCGAUUCUAUCCACGAUAAAAGAAAUAGAUGUAUUACAUAUAUAAAUAUUCUAAGCUUAUAA